GAGCUUCCGGUGUGAAGCGGAAGCCUCCCUGAGAGCCGCGGCGGCGACGGGCGGGCUGCGCCGGGGGUCUGACGCUGGAGCCGCCAUGGGCAAGAGAGACCGGGCGGAGCGCGAUAAGAAGAAGUCCAAGAAGCGGCACUACGAGGACGAGGAGGAGGAGGAGGACGACGCCGCCGGGAACGACUCUCAGGAGGCGGUGCCCUCGGCGGCCGGGAAGCAGGUGGAUGAAUCCGGCACCAAAGUGGAUGAAUAUGGGGCCAAGGACUACAGGCUGCAGAUGCCGCUCAAGGACGACCACAGCUCCCGGCCCCUCUGGGUGGCUCCUGAUGGCCACAUCUUCUUAGAAGCCUUCUCUCCAGUUUACAAAUAUGCUCAAGACUUCCUGGUGGCUAUUGCAGAGCCAGUGUGCCGGCCAACCCACGUGCAUGAGUACAAACUAACUGCCUACUCCCUGUAUGCAGCUGUCAGCGUGGGGCUGCAAACCAGUGACAUCACUGAGUACCUCAGGAAGCUCAGCAAGACCGGAGUCCCUGAUGGGAUUAUUCAGUUUAUUAAGUUGUGUACCGUCAGCUAUGGAAAAGUCAAGCUGGUCCUCAAGCACAACAGGUACUUUGUUGAAAGCUCCCACCCCGAUGUCAUCCAGCAUCUUCUGCAGGAUCCAGUGAUCCGGGAAUGCCGGCUGAGGAACUCCGAGGGGGAGGCUACUGAGCUCAUCACAGAGACGUUCACAAGCAAAUCUGCCAUUGCUAAGACUGCUGCAGGCAGUGGUGGGCCCUCCACUUCCCGGGUGACAGAUCCACAGGGUAAAUCUGACAUCCCCACAGACCUGUUUGACUUUUAUGAGCAAAUGGACAAAGAUGAGGAAGAAGAAGAAGAGACACAGACAGUAUCUUUUGAAGUCAAGCAGGAAAUGAUUGAGGAACUCCAGAAACGUUGCAUCCACCUGGAGUACCCUCUGUUGGCAGAAUACGACUUCCGGAAUGAUUCUGUUAACCCUGAUAUCAACAUUGACCUGAAACCCACAGCUGUCCUUAGACCUUAUCAGGAGAAGAGCUUGCGGAAGAUGUUUGGGAAUGGGCGUGCACGCUCAGGGGUCAUUGUUCUUCCUUGUGGUGCCGGGAAGUCUCUUGUUGGUGUGACAGCUGCAUGCACUGUCAGAAAACGCUGCCUGGUGCUGGGGAACUCGGCUGUGUCUGUGGAGCAGUGGAAAGCCCAGUUCAAGAUGUGGUCUACCAUCGAUGACAGCCAGAUCUGCCGCUUCACCUCUGACGCCAAGGACAAGCCUAUAGGCUGCUCCAUUGCCAUUAGCACCUACUCCAUGCUGGGCCACACCACCAAAAGGUCCUGGGAGGCUGAGCGAGUCAUGGAGUGGCUCAAAACUCAGGAGUGGGGCCUCAUGAUCUUGGACGAAGUACACACCAUACCAGCCAAGAUGUUCCGACGGGUGCUCACCAUCGUGCAGGCCCACUGCAAGCUGGGUUUGACCGCAACCCUCGUGCGGGAAGAUGACAAAAUUGUUGACUUAAAUUUUCUGAUUGGGCCUAAGCUCUAUGAAGCCAACUGGAUGGAGCUGCAGAACAACGGCUACAUCGCCAAAGUCCAGUGCGCCGAGGUCUGGUGCCCGAUGUCUCCUGAGUUUUACCGGGAGUAUGUGGCAAUCAAAACCAAAAAGCGAAUCUUGCUGUACACCAUGAACCCCAACAAAUUCAGAGCUUGCCAGUUUCUGAUCAAGUUUCAUGAAAGGAGGAAUGACAAGAUUAUUGUAUUUGCUGACAACGUGUUCGCCCUGAAGGAAUAUGCCAUUCGGCUGAACAAACCCUAUAUCUAUGGUCCUACAUCCCAGGGAGAAAGGAUGCAGAUUCUCCAGAAUUUCAAGCACAACCCCAAAAUCAACACCAUCUUCAUCUCCAAGGUGGGUGACACAUCGUUUGAUCUACCAGAGGCCAAUGUUCUCAUUCAGAUUUCAUCUCACGGUGGUUCCCGGCGGCAGGAAGCCCAGAGGCUGGGGCGAGUGCUCCGAGCCAAAAAAGGGAUGGUCGCAGAGGAGUACAAUGCCUUCUUCUACUCGUUGGUGUCCCAGGACACACAGGAAAUGGCUUAUUCAACCAAGCGGCAGAGGUUUUUGGUAGAUCAGGGUUAUAGCUUUAAGGUGAUCACGAAGCUUGCUGGCAUGGAGGAAGAGGAGUUGGCAUUUUCAACGAAGGAAGAGCAGCAGCAGCUGUUACAGAAAGUCCUGGCGGCCACUGAUCUGGAUGCUGAGGAAGAGGUGGUGGCAGGAGAAUUUGGCUCCAAAUCCAGCCAGGUCUCUCGGCGCUUCGGCACAAUGAGCUCCAUGUCUGGGGCCGACGACACCGUAUACAUGGAGUACCACUCCUCACGGAGCAGGGCUGCCACGAAGCACGUGCACCCGCUUUUCAAGCGCUUCAGGAAGUGACGUCCACAGGUCGUGCUGGUGAAGGCUGGUGCUCAGCGUUGACGUUGGAAAGGGGUUUUCAACGUGACCUUUUCUUUCCACAUCCGUGUCCUUCCCUCCAGCGUUGGCCAAGCUGAUCUAGAGUCAAUAGCUGCCGAGUGUGUUGAAGAAAAUGCAUCAGGAGCUUGCUUCUGUCUUCAUGGAUCAUCCAGGGUCUUAAAACAAGGGAGGCGGGGAUGUAUUUUUUGGUCUUUUCAGAUCGCUUUUCAGACUUGUUGGGGAAUGGUCAUUCCUGUAUAUAAAAAUUUGUAAUAUUUAAGGUGUAUUUAUCUUAAUGUUCUCCUGCAUAAACAGGAGUGGAACAUUGAACCAGUCUUCGUUGUAGGCCUGGGUUCUGUCUAGAUGACAAACCCUCAUCAAGGCCCCACUUCGUAGCAGGCACACAGGAGUAAGAUGGAGCCCAUCCCCAGGGAGCUACUGGGGAGACAGGAAGAAAAGACUUGCCCCUUGGUGUGGAAGUGCUGAUGGGGAAGGGCCCUGGGGAGCUUGGGGAGGGUGGUCCAGCCAGAGGGAAGAGCGUGAGGCGUUGGCAGUCCUGUCUGUUCACUGCUUAGCUCAGGUGGCUUCCACCGCGUGUAGGUCCUCUGGGUCUCCUGAAGGCCAUCAGGUGCACACAGCUCUGAUGGUUGAUCUGUGAGAAAAUGAUGUCUUAUUUCUCCCCCAAAACAGCAUUUUUGAUAUUGCUGGGGGGCUGGAUUCCUCUUCUCAUAGCAGUUUAGUACCCUUGGGUCUUUAGUGGCUGGUUCCUCUGUUCUGAAAAAAGCCUUUGGGCUUUUUUUCUCUUGUUUUUGGUAUGAAAGAAAAUAUGUUAAGGAAAAGACAGACAAGGCAGGAUUGCUCUAUAAAAGACACACAAGGCAUAGGUCAUAAAGAAAAUUGUUAUUUUGAGGACUUAUUGUCAUUCUAAUAGGCAACAGUGCUCACACCUGGGGAGUGUCGAAGGCCCAUGCUAAAUAAGGCCUCUACGUUUGGAGUCCCUGCCCACCUCUGCCACUCAGCAGCAGCACGCCAUGUCCCGUGUUGUCACUGCUCACACGCCUGCACCAGUGCUGCCCAAAGCAGCCGCAGACCAGCCCUGGGGAGAGGACAGUGUCCAUUUUGUCAUGAGUGCUUGGAAGCAAGAGCCACCUUCCCAAAUUCCACUUCUCUGGGCUCACUUUUUGGGGACAGACACGCUCUCAUAGUCUGGCCAACGGUUGGUGCCGACAGGCAGCUAGCCACUCUGGCUGUGCAAACCCCAGACAUGGCCUGAGCAGCCAGAGCGGAGGCCUGCGCUCAGGCAUGCACACAGUAAGACCUGCAGAGCUGCCCAUCACUCACCCCGGUGGGCUGGCACCCAAAUGUCUCAAACUUGAUUUUAACCAUUCUUAUUUCCAGAUUCUCAUCUCCUAGCACACCUUUAUGCUUGAGAGACUCAAAUAAUACCAAACGCGUCUUCUAUUUUCACACUUGUCUUUGGUGCUUGUUGUUUUCUUGUUCUCUAACCUAUCUACUGGCAGUGUUGAAUUUCACCUGAGCCCCGUGAUGCUGGAAAACAGGCAGUGAAAUCCCCCAUCUUCUGUGUUGUGGAAACCAGCUUACUGCAAAGAACCAGCCUUCCGCCUGUGGCUUAGAUAAGACUUACGGGUGCCCCCUCGUUUACUCAUGACAGGGCCAGACACAUACCCUCCAAAUUCCCAUUCUUUACCUCAAGCGAUUAGCUGAAUUGCUUGUUCCUAGUGAUCAGUUGGAACAAAUUGCUUGUUAACCAAACCUCACUUAAGAUUUUUCUCCUUCCCCCAGGCCCCUGAACUUUGGCGCACCCUGAGCCUACAGCCCCUCCUGAGAACAGGCUGGACUCAGGGAAAAUGUUGUCUCAUCUACUCUCUGGCCAUGCCAUUCCCACUCAUGCCAUUUUCUGCCGCUCUCUUUCUACUUGUUUCCUCCCUAUGAGAGAAAAAUGUUUUUGCCUCAACCUUGAGACACUCACAGACCUUACAGUCAGCACGUUCUCCCUAUUGCGAUAGCUGCCCCCACCCCCCCUUUGCAAUAAACCUUUCAAAUAAAGUCUC